AUAAAAUCCGUUUGAAUCCGUUUCCGUGUUUCUGCAUCCGUGCCAUGCCGCGGCCGGACAGCGCGUUGGGUCACGGCCGAGCACCUCGCCUGGGCUCGAAAGGUUCAGUGUCAGAGGCGAGCGAGCCACGUGGGUCGAAGGUGGAGGAUGUUUCCGAGAUUGCACGUCGCUUUGAGCAUCACUUGAAUGGGUUGGCAGCGACGUUUUAUCAGUUGCAGACCCACAAGCACGAGCAUGCUGAGUUACUUCCUCUUGGAACUACAUUUUGCAUGCGACCUUCCAAGGCCUUGGAUGUUGCAAAGCAGCACGCGAUUCGAAGACUUUCAGAGAACAGUCCGCACGUGAACCAUGCCAUGUUCCAGGACUUGAUUGUUGACUCCGAUGAGUGGCAAAAUGGUGAAUUGGCCCUGGUGAACGCUCAAGGCAGUUCAGAGAAGGCUCGAGAGAUACUGAAGAGGCAGUACAAGGCGCAGUUCAUACGCCUGGAUAAAGCUGGAAAUGGACACCUCGAGGAAGAGGAUCUGAUGGCAGUGAUGCAGACCUUCAACCGUGGUUGGGAACUCGAAGACAUCCAUGCACUCCUGCGCGAAGUCAAUAGGCAUGUGGGGAAGGCAGACAAGAUCACAUCUCCUGGUCACUUGACGCAUGCUGGAAGUGCGAGAAACUUGGGCAGACAUCACGAGUCAAUCGACUUGGAUGGAUUCAUCGCCCUUGUGUCAGAUGACCAGCUUUCCGAGGGCUCCCUUUUGUGCCUAGGGCCAGCAGCUAGAGGGUUGACUCACGUUGCUGACGUUGACAUGUUCAUUCACUCAAAAAUCCGAUCGCCCAGGAAGAGCGGUAUCAAGCGGGACUGCAAGAUCCUCAGGGAAGCUUUGAAGAUGGAGAACAACUACAACUUGUACAAGGACGAUGGUCAUUGGAACCAGGGUGGGAAUGCAAUCAAAGGCCCGACCGGCCGGAUGGCCUUGCUGGCUGAUGUGGUACCCGGCAUUGUCAUUGUGAUGAAUGCUUUGGUUCUUGGACUUAGCAGCGAUAUUGCAGAGGAUCAUUUGGUCUGGAAGGCUUUUAACAUCUUCUUCCUGGCCUUUUACACUCUGGAGUUUAUCGUGAAGGUCUACUUGUUUGGUUGGCGCUGGUUCUUCUUGGGUGAUGAGUGGGCCUGGAACUAUUUUGACGUGUUCUGCCUAGCGCUGUCUUGGGUAGAGGAAGUGAUCACGUGGAUAUUGACAGCAGUUAACAACGGCCAGUCAGUGGAUCUGAACACUAUGGUGUUCAUCCGCAUGCUACGGCUGACCCGCUUGGUCCGGCUGGUGCGGACACUGCGUUUCGAGAUUUUCUACGAGUUGAAGAUGAUGGUCCUAGGAGUGGUGAGUGGCAUGAGGGUCUUGAUUUGGGCAAUGGUUUUGCUGCUGGUCAUUAUAUAUACAACUGGGGUGGCUGCAAAAAAUGUUUUUGGUCAAGAAGAGCCAGAAUUUGAGACAGUGCCUGCCGCGAUGUUCACCCUUUUCCGUUGCUUCACAGAUGGCUGCGAGUCCUAUGACGGCAAGCCCCUUAUGGAGCGCAUGCGGCCAAAGUACGGCGUUUUACUGGUUGUAAGCUACGUGUGUAUGUUCAUGCUGGUAUGUUUGGGGGUGUUCAAUUUGAUCAUGGCGAUAUUCUUGGAGAAUGUUGUAGCAAACCAGCUCCAACGAAAGCUCAUGGGCAUCGACAACACCGCCAACAAGAUGGAGGUCGACAUCAAGGACUCGCUUUUGCGGCUGGUACUAAGAAGCAAAACCAAUGGCGUCCCAGAGGAAGUGGAGGAGGACUUGAGGGCCAUCAGCCAGACGUUCCAUCGACGGGAUGCGCGGGUGCGCGCCAUGUUCGAGACCCUCUCCAGCUCGCAGGUGGUCAUCACCAAGCCAGCCUUCCUUUCAUGGCUUCAAGACAAAGAGUUUAUCUCCGUCCUCAAAGAGGCAGACAUCGAGACAGCCAAUCAAGCUGGCAUUUUCGAAUGCUUGGAUGCCGACAUGAGUGGGUGGCUUACCAUGGAUGAGAUCUACAACGGUCUGAUGAGGCUCCGUGGCCCUGUGGCAAAGUCCGAGAUUGUGGGCUUCUGCCUACGACUGAGACAUGUUGCACAGAUUGUGCACAGCAUGUCUGACUAAGCCUAUUGCUCGAGGCGAUUUGGCCCGAGCAGAGCAAAACUCCAAAAGUGGAGAUGAUCCCAAAGUGGAGAUUUUGCCAAAGGUUUUCUGAAUAUUGGAAAUGAGUCCUGCA